CAACAAUAUGAUGGACCUUUUUGAGACCAACACUUAUCUUUUCAGUGAUUUGCGCUAUCUAGAGGAAGGGGAUCAUGGACCACUACAGCACUUGGACAUGCCAGGGGUGUCUCCGCUGUACAACGGCAACGACAGCUCCUUGUCCCCGGGUCAGGAUAAUGUUCCAUCUGAGACUGGGGGGGAAAGCAGCGGAGAGGAGCAUGUGCCUGCCCCUCCGGGGCUCCAGGCACACUGCGAGGGUCAGUGCCUCAUGUGGGCCUGUAAAAUCUGCAAGAGAAAGUCAGCGCCGACGGAUCGACGCAAGGCCGCGACGCUGAGGGAGAGGAGGAGGCUCAAGAAGAUCAACGAGGCCUUCGACGCUCUGAAGAGGAAGACCGUGGCCAAUCCCAACCAGAGACUACCCAAGGUGGAGAUUUUACGCAGCGCCAUCAGUUACAUUGAGAGGCUACAAGAUCUGCUUCAGACCCUGGAUGAGCAAGAAAAAAUGCAAAAUGGAUCCUCUUUUACCUCUAAAGAACACAACGCCCACAGUGAUGAAUACCACUGGAAGAAGUCCUCUGAGACCUGGCCAAGCUCUGUGGAUCAUUCCACUGCAGCAAUGAACCAGCGAGAAGGAACCAGUGAAUCCUCCGCCUCCUCCAGCCUCCUGCGUCUGUCCUCCAUCGUGGACAGCAUCACAAACGAUGAGAAAAUCAACUUUCCUGCAGAUGUCUCUGAAAAUUGAAAUGUUAUUGAGAAGCUUAACAACUGUUUCAAUAUUUCAAAUUUCCAUGAUCUGUCUCUGAAUUAUUUCCACGAUAUUCAACCAUUCUGGCUUCUGUUUGAUAGGAAGUCUUCAUUUGUACAGGGAGAGCAACGGAUUUGUACAUAUUUUAUAUUAAAGGUGCUUACAUGUAUUUAUUUUGUUUUUGAAAGCUAGCAAAUGAAAACUGCUGAAAAGUGACAUUUUAUUUGAAUAUUUGUACAUAUAGCUGACCAACAAAUAAAAUUAUUGUGAUUUUUA